AUGGAGAUGUAUCGUCUCUCCCGAAAACAUCUCAAUCUCAGGCUCUUUGCUCUUUCCUCCAAAUCGCCCUCUUCCACUCUCCAAACCCCAAUUCUCACUUCCCAUCAACGUCACACCGUUUCUUCUUCCUACUCUUCGACUACUUUCGCCAUCUCCUCAUCUGGGUCUUCCUCGUUUUCUUCUACGCCAUACCCAUCUUCUCGAUUUUUCAAUAGAUCCGAUUUUUGGUGGUUUCGUAGUUUCUCUGCUUCUUCUUCAAGGGUUACUGUGAGUCGAAAGCAAAUUUCAGAGAUUACCAAUUUGAUUAGAAGGGGCGAUAACGAUUUAGAAUCCAAGUUGGAUGCCAUGAAUGUACGUCUUUCCGAGGUAUCGUUGAACGCCAUUUUUCAAACUUUAACUUACCAGAAAGUUUCUGCAUUGCGUUUCUUUGAUUGGAUUCGACACUCCCAUCUUGCGUUUCAUCAUAGCUCUGAUAUUUGUAGUUUGGUUAUAGAUAAUUGUGGGAGAUUAGGUGAUUUUGACUCGAUAUUUAAUCUUUUGAACGACUUUAGGUUACAUGAUAUAUGUCUGAAUCAAAAGGCUUUUGGUUAUUUACGUGUUGAGAUUUCUAGUAAAGCUGCAACGAGGAACUCUAUAUGCAAAGUGAUCGAAGUGUUGAAUAAAAUAGGUGGGUCAUGUGGUGUUUCUGGUAUUCAUGCUUUGAUAGAGAUGUUGUGUUUUCUAGGAUCCUUUGAAAUGGCUGAAUAUGCGAUUGCAAAUACAAAGAAAAGGUUGUCGAAUUACAGUAUUUUGAUUCGAGGACGGUGUCGUAUAGGUCAUUUCAAAGAAGCAAGGCGCAUACUUGAUGAGAUGAUCAAAAUGGGCUGUCAACUGAAUUCCCAGACUUUUAACUAUAUACUCAGUUGUUUAUGCAAGAAUGAUAGAACUGACGAGGCUGAUCAGCUGCUUGAACUCAUGCUGGAAAGGGGCUGUCCUCCUGAUGCAUUAACGUUUGAGAUAUUCAUUUGUCAUUUCUGCAGCCAUGGGAAAUUAGAUACGGCAUUGGAGUGGCUUGAUAAAAUGGAAUCAAAGGGCAUUGAUCCUCGGCCGACCACACAUGCUGCCUUUAUCAAGGGUUACUUCAAAUUAAAGCAGUAUGAGGAGGCACGCCAGUAUGUGGCUGUUAGUAGUGAUAAGUAUAAGGCUGCAAGCAAUGUGAUUUACAGUUUGUUGGCGAACCUUCACAGAAAAAGGGGAGAACCGGUUACCGCACAAAUUGUGCUUUCGGAGAUGAUAGAAAAGGGUCUAAAACCAAACUUUUCAGUGUAUAUGAAAAUCUUGAAGCAUCUCCAGAAAUCUGGCAGAGAAGAUUUGGCAAGAAACUUGGAGAGAAGCUUUUCCAGCUUCAUUUCACAACCAUGUGUUGGUAAUGGCUGA